UACAACUUGUCUAAAAUCCAAUAUGGCCGCGCCCAUUAGAAAUGAUUUCGUAAGAUGACAUUUGUGAUAGGGACUGCAGUGGGAGUGUUUUUUUGAACUGUUGCACAUCGUUUUCAUAGGGAUCGUAUAUCAAAAAUGUUACACAGGCUUUGCUGUAAGUGGACUUCAUAUUGUCAUGCAAAAACAUUCAAUCUUUCUAUCUUUUGUAAACCAUAUGUUGGUCCCAAAUCAAACGUUUUCACUUCAAAACGAUUGCACCACACUCUGUGUAAGACGUACCGCAAGUCUCAAAGGUCAGGGUUUGGCAUUCCCAAAUACAAACAUGUAUCAGCGGGAAAUUCGUCUAGAAAAGGUGUUCUUGCAAAAAUCAAGGACUUUAUAUUCCGACGAAAGUCUAGUUCUCUCGCGGGCGACAAGAGCCAAUUGGCGACAAAAAAGAAAGCCCCGACAUCUACAGAAAUCAAGAGACUGUUGUCGCUAGCAAAGUCAGAAAAAUGGAAACUAGUUGGUGCUGUGGGACUACUGCUCAUAUCCAGUGGUAUUUCAAUGUCCAUUCCAUUCUGUAUUGGAAAAGUGAUAGACACUAUAUACUCUGACAGUGAGAAUAUGACUGCCACCCUCACUUAUAUAUGCCAAGUCCUCAUAUGUGUGUUUGUGAUUGGUGCUGCAUCUAAUAUGGGCAGAAUAUACAUCAUGAAUAAUUCAGGCAAUAUAAUAGUUAAGAAUCUUCGAGAGAAGCUUUUCAAGUCUAUUGUUCGACAAGAGAUUGGAUUUUUUGACAAGAACAAGACAGGGGAGUUAAUUAACCGGCUGUCGACCGACACGUCUCUGGUUGGGCGGUCCAUUACUAUGAACGUCUCCGACGGACUGCGAGCGGUGGCUCAGGGAGUUGGUGGAGUGGGAAUGAUGCUGUAUGUUUCUCCGAAAUUGACUGGUAUAGUGGUCUGUGUUGUCCCUCCUCUCAUCCUGAUGUCGAGGUACUACGGUUCCUACCAAAAGAAAAUCACCAAAAAUGUUCAGGAUUCUCUGGCUAAUGCUACCCAGGUUGCAGAGGAAAGGAUCAGUAAUAUUAGAACUGUGAGAGCUUUUGCCCAAGAGAACAAGGAAAUAGCUGCUUACAAUUCAAAGAUAGAGCAUGUUCUACAACUGAUGCAGAAAGAGGCAGCUGCUUUAGGAUUGUUUUGGGGAUUAACUGGCUUUACUGGUAACCUGAUAAUCCUGUCGGUGCUGUACAGUGGAGGAAUCAUGAUGCAAUCCUCAAUGAUCACUGUCGGGGAGUUAUCCUCCUUUCUGCUGUAUGCUGCCUAUGCCACAGUUUCACUAAGCGGCAUGACAUCAUUUUAUAGUGAGUUGAUGAAAGGAAUUGGUGCCUCGACCAGGAUCUGGGAGCUAACAGACCGCGUCCCACAGAUCCCAAUCUCCGGAGGAUUAAUUCCAUCUACUCACACUGCUGGCAGUAUUGAAUUCAAGAACAUCAUGUUCAGCUACUCCACCCGAGCCGAGUCUUUAAUUUUCAAUGACCUGAGUCUGACAGUUCCCCCCGGUCAGAUUACAGCUGUUGUUGGGAGUAGUGGGUCGGGGAAAUCCACUCUUGGGUCACUGUUGCUAAGGUUCUAUGACCCACAGAAUGGUGGUGUGUUUUUGGACGGUCAUAACAUAAAAACCCUGGACCCACACUGGCUCAGGAACCAGAUAGGAACAGUGAGCCAGGAGCCAGCUCUCUUCUCCUGCUCCAUCGCUGAGAACAUUGUUUAUGGAGCCCCUGACAUGGAUGCUGUCACUCCAGCAGAGAUUGAGAGUGCAGCCAGGAAAGCCAACGCCAUCAGCUUUAUCAAGUCCUUCCCUAAUGGCUUUGACACCAUUGUUGGAGAGAGGGGGCUUAUGCUUUCAGGUGGACAGAGACAGCGGUUAGCAAUAGCCAGAGCCAUUCUUAAGGACCCCAAAAUUCUAUUAUUGGAUGAGGCUACCAGUGCUUUAGAUGCUGAGAGUGAAUUCUUGGUGCAGGACGCGCUGGAGAAACUUAUGGUGGACAGGACGGUCAUCACCAUCGCUCACCGUCUCUCAACCAUCAGAUCGGCCAAUCAGAUCGCAGUCCUAGAUUUGGGGGCUGUGGCUGAGCUAGGACCAUACCAAGAACUAAUGAAAAUCCAAAAUGGAAUUUUUAGAAAAUUGGUUGAAAGACAGACUAUAACACAGUAAUGUUAUUGAUGUAGAAUUUAUUUAUUUUAAUAAAUUAGUUUUCCGAUG